AUGGCUGCAGAGGCUGCACCCGACAAACCGGGAAAUUCUAUAUUAGAGAUUCCCAAGCAAGAUUUUUUUCAAGAAGCAAAAACUCUCAUUGCUCAACAUUAUAAGAAAAUAAAUGAGAGUAAAGUUCCAGGUACUUCUAUAAAUGUCUUCAGAAAUAAACAUCAGAAACCAAAAUCUACCAAAUUCAUACCUUUGGAGAUCAAAAAAAAGGAAACACUUGAUGUGGUCCAAGAACUUCAGGCAACAUACAAAAGGAUUUGUUUUCCCAAGGACCGUUCCAAAAGUGGACCUUCUGAGGAGCUGCCACAAUGGACUGCUUUCAAUGAGCCACACAUUUUUAGAAAAAUGAAACACAAGGAGCCUAUAGAUCUAGUUGUGAAAGCAAUCGAAUGCUUUUCCGGUUCUUCCAAAGCUGCUCUCAAGUGGCAGGGUCGUUUUUCACAAAUAACUGUGAAGCGUUUCAAACCUCAAAGUGACACUAAAACUGUGAAGUAUGAAAUGGAAGUGCCAAAGCGUGUGAGACACAUUGCGUAG